AUGAAUGCAUUCCCUGAUAACGGCGACGUCAAACAGUUGGUGGUCGACUGGCUCCACGCCCAGUUUGAGGAUGCGUCCAACAAGGGAUACCAACUGGCGCUUGUUUUCUCACGGGCGCUAGUGUACGUCAAGCAGUUUGUGGAUCCCAUCAAGGACCCCAAGACCCUCAAGCUGAUCCAGAACGUAGGGGAUAAAACGGUGGCCAAUUUCCUGAAACACCUUGUUUCAUACUGCAAGACCAAUGGAUAUAAGGUCCCCGAGCUGUUUGACCCGGAGUUCAACCACUUCAAACGGAAAGAAACUGGUGAAUCUGUCGAAAAACCCAAGAAGAAGCGGAAACUCGCCCAAUAUGUCCCCCGAAAGCGGUCGGGAGGCUACGCCAUCCUCUUGGCGUUGUACUUUAAGGACAAGACCCGGUCGGGCUUGAAAAAACAUGAAAUCAUAGACGUGGCUGCCAAAUACUGUGAUAGUUCUUUCAACAGUAACCCCAGCAACAAUGAUUUCUAUUCAGCGUGGAACUCGAUCAAGGUGUUGGAAAAACACGAGUUGGUGUCGUUCACCGGCCGGCGCACGCUAUGGCAUAUCACCGAUGAAGGAAUUGAGGUUGCCAAACGGUUGAAGGUGGUGGAAGGGUUGCACUCGUCUCCCAUCAACGAAAAAGUACAUGUGAUGUCAUUUGAUAAUGGUUUACACGUCUCAUCCGACCACAGCUUGUCGAAUAGCACUGGGAUUGAGCUAGUGUCGAACCCCAAAGACUUGCUUGCCCCUGACUGGAUCAAUUCUUCCAAAGAUAUGCUUCCUCCAGACCUACUCAAUUCUUCCCCCAUCAAGGCUCUACCCUCGCCGCCAAAGCCCACACCGCCCCAGCCUCGCCAUGACUCGAAGAAGCGGCUCCUAAAUGAUAUCAAGUACUCCAUAUGGUACCACGAUGAGUACGAGGUGAUUCUAAUCGUGGAUAACCGUGAAGUUCGGUCCCGUAAUGACAGAGAAUACUUUGAAAAUCGCUUUACCACCAUGGGUGUCAAGUGUGAGGUGCGCCCGUUGGUGGUGGGGGACAUAGCGUGGAUCGCCAGGCACAAGAAAUCGGGGGAAGAAGCGAUUUUAAACACCAUUUGUGAGAGAAAAAGGCUUGAUGACCUCGCCAGCUCCAUUAAGGAUGGUCGGUUCAUCGAACAGAAGGUCAGACUCACCCGGUCGAUGAUGAAAAGGUUCUACUACUUGGUCGAAGAAGGAAUGUCGGAGAUUUCCCGAUUACAGAACUUCACGAGAAAUCUUCAAACGGCCCAGUCCAUGACGAUGAUAUUCUCUAACUUCCAGUUGAAGAAGUUUAAAACCCUUGACGAAACCACCGCAUUUUUGGCAUCUCUUACCGACGUGAUUAAGGAGGUGAACACUGAGAAGAAACAGAAAUUGAUUGUAAUGAAGCCUCGAGUCAUAAAGAGCCAAAAGCAGUAUGGAGACAUCAUGGAGAUGUUCCGACACCAAUUUGAAGAGAGAAAAUAUGGUUCUGUGUACGAGUGCUGCCACUUGUACUCGAACUUCAAAGAAUCGUUGGCCAAGUCUCAGAUGUUUACCGUCAAAGAAAUGUUCUUGUCGAUGCUUUUGGCGAUUCGAGGAGUUUCGCUCGAGAGAGCCCAAUCAAUUCAACAGAAAUUCCCUACCCCCAAACUGCUUUUGGACUUUUUCACGGCUAACCCCAAUGAUGCAACCAUCUUGUCCAAGGCAUUUACCCACGAAUUUGGUAACAAAAAGAUUGGUAAGGCAUUGCUGCAAAAAGUGUACGACAUUUGGGGCAAACGCUAGUCGUGCGCCGGCGCUGUGGUU